AUGGACAGGAAUACAAAGAUCCUCAUUGUCGGAGCUGGCUGCUUCGGCACCUCAACCGCUUAUCAUCUCGCUCAGCGCGGUUUCACGUCCAUUCGUGUGCUCGAUCGAUAUCCCGCGCCAUCCUGCGAGGCCGCCUCAACCGAUAUCAGCAAGAUUAUUCGCAGCGACUAUAACGAGCCGCUGUAUGCUCGUUUGGGAAUUGAGGCGAUUGCCGCCUGGAAGUCCUCGGAUUUGUUUCGUGAGCUGUACCAUGUCCCUGGCUGGGUUCUGAGCGCAUAUAAGCUGUCGUGCGCGUUUGUGGAAGGGUCGAUUGAGACGUGCACCAAGCUCGGAGUUGAAGGAUUGGAACGCCUGUCGACGCAGCAGAUCCGUGAGCGGUUCCCCCUUGUGACGGGCGAAUUGGAUGGGUGGAAUAUCAACGUCUGGAAUCCGACGGCUGGCUGGGCGGCGGCCGGGGAAGCCUUGCGGCGCAUGGCCGUCGCAGCGCAGGAGCAAGGGGUGGAUUAUAUCUCGGGUGAAGAGGGCUGGGUCAAGAGGUUGUUGUUCGAUGAGGAGAAGCGUUGCACGGGAGUGAUCACGGCUGACGGAUCCACGCAUGUUGCUGACUUGGUCGUGGUGGCUGCCGGAGCUUGGACGCCAACAUUGCUGGACGUGGCGGGCCAGUUGACGGCCAAAGGCCACAGCGUGGCGCAUAUACAACUCUCCCCGGAGGAGACAGCUCAUUAUUCCGCACUGCCUAUUAUGGAUAAUCUGGAGCUGGGCUACUUUUUUCCGCCGCAGGCAGACGGGGUGUUCAAGAUGGCGCACAGCCAGUUCAUCACGAACAUGCAGACGGAUACACGGUCCGGAAACAAGUCAUCUGUUCCUCACACCUUUGUGGACAAUCCACAAGAUGAUCUCCCGCUGGAGAUUGAAGCUCAGAUGCGCCGGAACCUUCGUCGUGUCCUACCGGAACUCGCCGACCGUCCAUUCUGUUAUACCCGUCUGUGCUGGGACGCUGAUACCGCUGACCGCCACUUUCUGAUUUCACCGCACCCUAAUCAUCAAGGACUGUACGUGGCUGCCGGAGGAUCAGCGCAUGGUUUCAAGUUCCUGCCCGUGCUGGGCAAGUACAUUGCCGACUUGCUGGAAGGAUCUUUAGAGUCUGACAUUGCCCGGCAGUGGCAAUGGCGCGCAGGCCAGACGGUGACAGCGAAGAAUCUAGCCCAUCAGGAUCCGGAGUUGGAGUUGAGUGACCUGACAGGAUGGAAGGGACGUAAGACUCGUGAGAGGGGGCCUAGAUUGUAA